CCCCGCGUCCCCGCGCGCCGCGGCGCCUGCUGACCCGGCCGGCCCGCCUGCCCGCCCGUGGGUGCGUCGGUCCGCAGCGCGGCUGAGUAAACUUGAACAUAACUUCAAAAGAAGAUUUGAUUCUUUAUUUCUGGACUGCAUAUAUAUAACAAGGCCAUCAGAAUGUCGGGAGCCUCAGUGAAGGUAGCUGUCCGGGUGAGGCCCUUCAAUUCUCGAGAGACCAGCAAGGAGUCCAAGUGUAUCAUUCAGAUGCAAGGCAACUCGACCAGUAUUAUUAACCCAAAGAACCCAAAGGAAGCUCCAAAGUCCUUCAGCUUCGACUACUCCUACUGGUCUCACACCUCGCCAGAAGAUCCCUGUUUUGCAUCUCAAAACCGGGUGUACAAUGACAUAGGAAAGGAAAUGCUCUUACAUGCCUUUGAGGGAUAUAAUGUUUGUAUUUUUGCCUAUGGACAGACCGGUGCUGGGAAAUCUUAUACAAUGAUGGGUAAACAAGAAGAAAGCCAGGCUGGCAUUAUUCCACAGUUAUGUGAAGAACUAUUUGAGAAAAUCAAUGACAACUGUAAUGAAGAAAUGUCUUACUCUGUGGAGGUGAGCUACAUGGAAAUUUACUGUGAGAGAGUACGAGACUUGCUGAAUCCAAAAAACAAGGGUAAUUUGCGUGUGCGUGAACACCCACUUCUUGGACCCUAUGUGGAGGAUCUGUCAAAGUUGGCAGUCACUUCCUACACAGACAUUGCUGACCUCAUGGACGCUGGGAACAAAGCCAGGACAGUGGCAGCUACCAACAUGAAUGAAACAAGUAGCCGUUCCCACGCCGUGUUUACCAUUGUUUUCACCCAGAAGAAACAUGAUACUGAGACCAACCUUUCCACUGAGAAGGUCAGUAAAAUCAGCCUGGUGGAUCUAGCUGGAAGCGAACGAGCUGAUUCAACUGGUGCCAAGGGGACUCGAUUAAAGGAAGGAGCAAAUAUUAAUAAGUCUCUUACAACUUUGGGCAAAGUCAUUUCAGCCUUGGCAGAGGUGAGUAAAAAGAAGAAGAAAACUGAUUUUAUUCCCUACAGGGAUUCUGUACUUACUUGGCUCCUUCGAGAAAAUCUAGGUGGCAAUUCUCGGACUGCAAUGGUUGCUGCUCUGAGUCCAGCAGACAUCAACUAUGACGAAACUCUGAGCACUCUGAGAUAUGCAGAUCGCGCAAAACAAAUUAAAUGCAAUGCUGUUAUCAAUGAAGAUCCCAAUGCCAAACUUGUUCGUGAAUUAAAGGAGGAGGUGACACGGCUGAAGGACCUUCUUCGUGCUCAGGGGCUGGGAGAUAUUAUUGAUAUUGAUCCACUGAUUGAUGAUUACUCUGGAAGUGGAGGCAAAUAUCUGAAAGAUUUUCAGAACAAUAAGCAUAGGUACUUGCUAGCCUCUGAGAAUCAACGCCCUGGCCAUUUUUCCACAGCAUCCAUGGGGUCCCUCACUUCAUCCCCAUCUUCCUGCUCACUCAGUAGUCAGGUGGGCUUGACGUCUGUCACCAGUAUUCAGGAGAGGAUCAUGUCUACACCUGGAGGAGAGGAAGCCAUUGAGCGUCUAAAGGAAUCAGAGAAGAUCAUCGCUGAGUUGAAUGAAACCUGGGAAGAGAAGCUUCGAAAAACAGAGGCCAUCAGAAUGGAGAGAGAGGCCUUGUUGGCUGAGAUGGGAGUUGCCAUUCGGGAAGAUGGAGGAACCCUGGGGGUUUUCUCACCUAAAAAGAUUUUGGCCCCAAGACCAUGUGACUUAUUUUUGGAUCCCAGUGGGGUAUUUUCACCAAAGAAGACCCCACAUCUUGUUAACCUCAAUGAAGACCCACUAAUGUCCGAAUGCCUGCUUUAUUACAUCAAAGAUGGAAUUACAAGGGUUGGCCAAGCAGAUGCUGAGCGGCGCCAGGACAUAGUGCUGAGUGGGGCUCACAUUAAAGAAGAGCAUUGUAUCUUCCGGAGUGAGAGAAACAGCAGUGGUGAAGUUAUUGUGACUCUAGAGCCUUGUGAACGCUCAGAAACCUAUGUAAAUGGCAAGAGGGUGGCCCAGCCUGUCCAGCUGCGUUCAGGAAACCGUAUCAUCAUGGGUAAAAACCAUGUUUUUCGUUUUAACCACCCGGAACAAGCACGGGCUGAGCGGGAAAAGACUCCUUCUGCUGAGACCCCCUCUGAGCCUGUGGACUGGACGUUUGCCCAGAGAGAGCUUCUGGAAAAACAAGGAAUUGAUAUGAAGCAAGAGAUGGAGAAAAGGCUGCAGGAAAUGGAGAUUCUGUACAAAAAGGAGAAAGAAGAAGCAGAUCUUCUCUUGGAGCAGCAGAGACUGGACUAUGAGAGUAAAUUGCAGGCCUUGCAGAAGCAAGUUGAGACCCGAUCCUUAACUGCAGAAACAACUGAAGAGGAAGAAGAGGAGGAAGAAGUUCCUUGGACACAGCAUGAAUUUGAGUUGGCCCAAUGGGCUUUCCGAAAAUGGAAGUCUCACCAGUUUACUUCAUUAAGGGACUUACUCUGGGGCAAUGCUGUGUACCUGAAGGAAGCCAAUGCCAUCAGCGUGGAAUUGAAGAAGAAGGUGCAAUUUCAGUUUGUCUUACUGACUGAUACACUGUACUCCCCUUUACCUCCUGAAUUACUUCCCACUGAGAUGGAAAAAACGCAUGAGGACAGGCCUUUCCCUCGCACAGUGGUGGCAGUAGAAGUCCAGGAUUUGAAGAAUGGAGCAACACAUUAUUGGUCUUUGGAGAAACUCAAGCAGAGGCUGGAUUUGAUGCGAGAGAUGUAUGACAGGGCAGGAGAGAUGGCCUCCAGUGCCACAGAUGAGAAUGAGUCCACUGUGACUGGCAGUGAUCCAUUCUAUGAUCGGUUCCACUGGUUCAAACUUGUGGGAAGCUCCCCCAUUUUCCACGGCUGUGUGAAUGAGCGCCUUGCCGACCGCACACCCUCCCCCACUUUUUCCACCGCCGAUUCCGACAUCACUGAGCUGGCUGACGAGCAGCAAGAUGAGAUGGAGGAUUUUGAUGAUGAGGCAUUCGUGGAUGACACCGGCUCUGACGCAGGGACGGAGGAGGGAUCAGAUCUCUUCAGUGACGGGCAUGACCCGUUUUACGACCGAUCCCCUUGGUUCAUUUUAGUGGGAAGGGCAUUUGUUUACCUGAGCAAUCUGCUGUAUCCUGUGCCCCUGAUUCACAGAGUGGCCAUUGUCAGUGAGAAGGGUGAAGUGCGGGGAUUUUUGCGUGUGGCCGUACAGGCCAUUGCAGCGGAUGAAGAAGCUCCUGAUUAUGGCUCUGGAAUUCGACAGUCAGGAACGGCUAAAAUAUCUUUUGAUAAUGAGUACUUUAAUCAGAGCGACUUUUCUUCAGUUGCAAUGACUCGUUCUGGUCUGUCCUUGGAAGAGCUGAGGAUUGUGGAAGGACAGGGUCAGAGUUCUGAGGUCAUCACUCCUCCAGAAGAAAUCAAUCGAAUGAAUGACUUGGAUUUGAAGUCAAGCACUUUGCUGGAUGGUAAGAUGGUAAUGGAAGGGUUUUCUGAAGAGAUUGGCAACCACCUGAAACUGGGCAGUGCCUUCACUUUCCGAGUAACAGUGUUGCAGGCCAGUGGAAUCCUCCCAGAGUAUGCAGAUAUCUUCUGUCAGUUCAACUUUUUGCAUCGCCAUGAUGAAGCAUUCUCCACUGAACCCCUCAAAAACAAUGGCAGAGGAAGUCCCCUGGGCUUUUAUCAUGUGCAGAAUAUUGCAGUGGAAGUCACAGAAUCAUUUGUGGAAUAUAUCAAAACCAAGCCUAUUGUAUUUGAAGUCUUUGGGCAUUAUCAGCAGCACCCACUUCAUCUGCAAGGACAGGACCUCAACAGUCCACCUCAACCAUCUCGACGAUUCUUCCCUCCACCCAUGCCACUCUCCAAGCCAGUUCCCAGCUGCCAGAGCGAGAGGGUACCCAAACGAGAUGUUCCAGCCACCAAGUUAAACACCAUGAGCAAAACCAGCCUUGGCCAGAGCAUGAGCAAGUAUGACCUUCUGGUUUGGUUUGAGAUCAGUGAACUGGAGCCUACGGGAGAGUAUAUUCCAGCUGUGGUUGACCACACAGCAGGCUUGCCGUGCCAGGGGACGUUUUUGCUUCAUCAGGGCAUCCAAAGAAGGAUCACAGUGACCAUUAUCCAUGAAAAGGGGAGUGAGCUUCACUGGAAAGAUGUUCGUGAACUAGUGGUAGGCCGGAUUAGGAAUAAGCCUGAGGUGGAUGAAGCUGCAGUUGAUGCCAUCCUCUCCCUAAAUAUUAUUUCUGCCAAGUACCUGAAGUCUUCCCACAACUCCAGCAGGACCUUCUACCGUUUUGAGGCUGUAUGGGACAGCUCCCUACAUAACUCCCUUCUUCUGAACCGUGUGACACCCUGUGGAGAAAAGAUCUACAUGACUUUGUCAGCCUACCUAGAGCUGGAUCAUUGCAUCCAGCCAGCUGUCAUCACCAAGGAUGUGUGCAUGGUCUUCUAUUCCCGAGAUGCCAAGAUCUCGCCGCCACGCUCUCUGCGCAGCCUCUUUGGCAGUGGCUACUCAAAGUCACCAGACUCCAAUCGAGUCACUGGAAUUUAUGAACUCAGCUUAUGCAAAAUGGCAGACACAGGUAGUCCAGGAAUGCAGAGAAGGAGAAGAAAAGUCUUGGAUACAUCAGUGGCAUAUGUGCGGGGUGAAGAGAACUUAGCAGGCUGGCGGCCCCGUGGAGACAGCCUCAUUCUUGAGCACCAGUGGGAGUUGGAGAAGCUGGAGCUCCUGCAUGAGGUGGAGAAAACCCGCCACUUUCUGCUGCUACGUGAGAGACUUGGUGACAGCAUCCCUAAAUCCCUGAGUGACUCGUUGUCCCCCAGCCUCAGUAGUGGGACCCUCAGCACCUCCACCAGCAUCUCAUCUCAGAUCUCAACCACCACCUUUGAAAGUGCCAUCACACCCAGUGAGAGCAGUGGCUAUGACUCAGCAGACAUCGAAAGCCUGGUAGAUCGGGAGAAAGAGCUGGCGACCAAGUGCCUGCAACUUCUCACCCACACUUUCAACCGAGAAUUCAACCAGGUGCACAACAGCAUCAGUGACUGUAAGUUGUCUGAUAUCUCUCCAAUUGGACGGGAUCCCUCUGAGUCCAGUUUCAGUAGUGCUACGCUCACUCCCUCCUCCACCUGCCCCUCUCUGGUAGACUCUAGGAGCAACUCUUUGGAUCAGAAGACACCAGAAGCCAAUUCCCGGGCCUCUAGUCCCUGCCCAGAAUUUGAACAAUUUCAGAUUGUCCCUGCUGUGGAAACACCCUAUUUGGCCCGAGCAGGAAAAAAUGAAUUUCUCAAUCUUGUUCCAGAUAUUGAAGAAAUUAGACCAGGCUCAGUGGUCUCUAAGAAAGGAUACCUGCAUUUCAAGGAGCCACUUGCCAGCAAUUGGGCUAAACAUUUUGUCGUGGUUCGUCGCCCUUAUGUUUUUAUCUAUAACAGCGACAAAGACCCAGUCGAACGUGGAAUUAUUAACCUGUCCACAGCACAAGUGGAGUACAGUGAGGACCAGCAGGCCAUGGUGAAGACACCUAACACCUUUGCUGUAUGCACAAAGCACCGUGGGGUUCUUUUGCAGGCUCUCAACGACAAAGACAUGAAUGACUGGUUAUAUGCCUUUAACCCACUCCUCGCUGGCACAAUACGGUCAAAACUCUCCCGCAGAUGCCCGAGCCAACUGAAAUACUAAGUGACUCUGCUGAGCACCCUCACUCGCCUUCGAGAGAUAAAGUGUUACCUCUCAUUUCUCUUUGUGAUUCUUGAUGGUUACUCUUGUAUGUAAUCCUGUGGCUUAACUACUUCUCUCUCCUCAUCCUGCACCUUUUCUAGCUCUCCUGUUCCCCAUCUCCAUUGCUCUGUACUCUUCUUUUUUUCCAUGCUGAGAAUCUUGUUAGUAGCAUGUGGCUGACCAAAAGAAAAAAAGAUACCACCCCUUCCCAAACCCUGAAGGGAUCUAGUGAAUCUCCAAAUUAUUUUUUGGUGUAUUUUGGCUUCCUUUUGUGUGAUAGGUCCCCAUUAUGACCACUGCUGAUGUCUGUACUGCUGUCUUUGGAUACCUUUUUCCGUUUUUCAAGACAUCAUACUUUUUUUUUUUCUUUUCUCUGUUUGUGCUAUCACUUUAAUUUUUCUUGGGUGGGUUAGAGACUAAGGGAAAAGACGUCUAGACUCCUUAGAAUGUGAGAGUAAAGAACUUACCUUUUUUUCUCUUCUGUCUCUGUUUGCAGUGGCUAAUCUCUGCAUUUCCAUUCAGGGAAAAGAUUGUGGUGAGCUUAGAAAUGGGACAGUUAUAUUCUGUGAGUCAAAAUCAGGGCUUAUUUAGAGCACAGUUAUGGAAUUUUCAUUUAGUGGAAGAGAGGGAAAGACGAGUUUUCAGUAGGCCUGGGAUGGUGGCUGCCAAUGACCCUUUAAGAAGGGAAGAGCCAAAGAUAUUGCCACUGGAUUUCAGAGGAUCACAGCAUUUGGCAGUGGCCGUGAAGGCAACAGUCAGUAGGAUGCUUAUGGUUCCUCACAGCAGGAUUCCUGUGAACUGUUUUUCCCUGUUGGGAGGGAGGUUCUUCUCUAGGUGUCUUUCAAUUCUGUUCCUAGCAUUAGUGAUAAUGCUGGUACGGUUUGGAAUUAGUGUGAUGUCGUACACAAGUAUCCCACAAGGGGGGAGUGUUUUACUUUCUGUUGAUAAACCUGAUGGUUAUUGUGGUCAUUAUAAUUAUGAUAAUACUGAUUAGUGACCUUGUGAUUAUUGUGGCUUCCUUUGAUCAAAGAAAUGUAGGUUUCAAGUAUAAACUUGGAGGUCUUCCUCUCAAUCCAGUGGUCAUUUUCAAUGAUGCUUGUUUCCCCAUACUAAUAAAUAAGCAGACAUGGCACGCUUUGCUCUCUGGGUUCCAGGAUUAAAACCAACCCUCUAGGGCCAAGCCCGUGGUGCACUCGGGAGAGUGCGGCGCUGGGAGCGCAGCGACACUCCCGCCGCGGGUUCGGAUCCUAUAUAGGAAUGGCCGGUGCACUCACUGGCUUAGUGCCGGUCACAAAAAAGACAAAAAAAAAAAAAAAAAAAAAAAACCAACCCUCUAACACCACUCCAAACAAAACAAAAAACACUUGGGGGCAAAGAAGGACAUCCACCUGAGCCCUGGCCCCAGUGGUUUGUUGCUGGGAUCCUGCCUUGUCUGUCCUCCUUUGCUACUGUCUCCUCUCCAUCUGGUGUGGAAAUACUGCCCAAGGAGGAAGGAGGAAGCUCACUGCUGACUGAGUCUCUUUUCUGACAGACUAGGGUUAUCUGGCUUCCAGAGACCAUCAUAGAAGAUAACUCUUUCUUUCAGCUGCUAGUAAAUUUUACAGGAAUGACAUUGGGGAAAAGAAAGUAUCCAGGUUACUUCAAUUGCUUUGCUAGUUGACUUGGGGUUGUUUUAUACUAUCCUUUACUUUUCUUGCUCAAACCUCUCUGUUUCACCAUUGCUCAGGCAUUCAGGAAAGUAUCUGUUCGCCCCCACUUUGUGAGGACUGAAGCUUCUUGGCCUUGAGGUUGCUGACUCUUAGGUGAUGGGCAGCUGGAUUACUAUCCACUCCACAUAGCAAAGGUCAGACUCACACAGCUCUGCAGAACAGUUGCUAGGGAGACGCUUCACCCAGACCCUUUUUAAUGACUUCCUGGUUUGGCUCACAUCUGAAGAACAGAUCUCCCAGCUUCGCUCAGAUGAGUGAAUCACAGAUAGCUUAAUAAAAGGAAGGGUAGAAAAUACAGACUAUGUCCUUAUCUGAAAAAUGAUCAAUAAAAACCCUAUAGUGGAUUCUUUUUAACUUUCUUCCUCUCCUGAAAGCAUAGGUCACUAAACUGUAAUGUUUUCUAAGCAGUAUGUGAGGUUUCUAAUAUAAUUAGAAGUUUCUUCAUUGUCUAAUGGACACAAUAUGCCCUUCUGGUGUACACUCAAAUGCAGCAGGAUCUGUCGGUGCUUAGAGACAGCUUCCUAGACUGGAAUUUCUAAUUUCAGGGAAAUGAAGAUGAAAUUUGAAGGUCAUUUUAAAAAUUAAAUCACUGAUAUUGCUGCUGUUCUAAAGUGUGACAGAAGGAUCCAUGCCUGUGACAGGGGAGGUGGGAAGCCUGAGUGAGAGUGAAAUUAUGUAAUACACUGAAAUGACUUUUGUUUUUUAUUCUAACUCAAACAAAACUGGUUUGGAAAGUCUUUGCUUUGGAAGUGCCAGACAUUAGAACAAGCCAAACUGGACUGUCGUUCAUAGCAUGCCCAGAUAAAAAGGCCUCAUUAGGAAGCCAGAGGAAGCAGGAUGGUUGUGUCCUGUCAGGGACUUGGGCAUGCUGCUCCCACCAUCUGAGGAGCUUCUGCUGGGACUGAUGGCCCAGAGAACACCUGUUGGCCCCUCUUUCUCUAGGGGCCGAUCUUCAGACUGGAGUUGAAACAGUUUCAGGAUUGAUGUUCCCUUUCUGGACAGAGCUGUCUGUACUUUGAAAUUCUGAGAGAGGAUUUAUGGCAAAAACUAUUUAUGAGGCUUUAGCUAUAGCUAUAAUGGCAGAAAACAUAAGAAACCUGGCCCUUAAAGAAACCACCUUUUAGGGUGUUUUUUUGUUUUGUUUUGUUUUUUUCUUAAAGCACUUGUUAAAUGAGUAAAAAAAAGGCACAAAAGAAAACUCUUACGCAGAUUAAAAAGAAAUGAAUGCCAGUUAUAACUUUUAAGAAGAUUAUCUUCUCCUCCCCUCACUCCCCCACCCUCCUUUUUCCUGCCAAAGCAAACUUCACAACCAACUCCAAACCAGUGCUCGGACCCUCCCUGUCUCUCUGCACCUGCCUGGGAGUCAGUCAGCUCUUAGGCUGGGGCUGUGCGAGGCUGGCCAGCCCCCCUGCACAGUCAGGAGCACAGGCAUGGGCUGCUCUGGCAGCAGACACCUUCCCUCCAAGUCUUUGUUAGAAGGUGGAGAAGGUGAGGGAAGGUGAAUUUUCCCAGCUAAGAAACCACUAUUAUUUGAUAAUUUUUUUUUCCCUUCAGCUAUGUAGAACUUAUACAACUACUCAUAUUUUCAAUGAAUUUUUCAGCUUGCUGAUGGUUAAGGAAUAAAUUAAGUCAUUGUGAAGGGUCUUUUGGGAUCUAAAAACAAGACGGCAUAUAUUUCAAAGCAAAGACUUUGUUGCCACUGCUUGUUGUCUAAUUUACAGGGAUAUAUAAUUUUGUAAGGUGUAUGUUUAUUUAUACAGCUGUCAUUAAUUGCACAUUGGACUGGAAGAGAAAGGAUUCUCUAGCAUGUAGCUCCUGUUGGUACUCUUUCUGCCUUUCCCUUGUGCUGAGUUCCACUCGGGUUCUCCUGGACAGUAUCAGGGGUUGUUUGUUUGACGUGGGACCUUCAUUUUUUCUUUUGGUUCCCUUUUUAAAAUGCGAUGGUUAACCUGCUCCUUAAAAAGAAAAGACUAAUUCUGCUGCUGCUCUCAGAAGGUUUGCUGAAUGUGUUUAAACUAGAACUCUAACUUGUGUGCACUACAGCUGUCCCCCACGGCCAACAGUUCACUCGUGUGCGGGCCAGACCCUGACUGUAUGUAGCAGGAAUGUAUUAAGUUAUGCUUCUGUAGCAAAUUGAAAUAUCAGCUGAGAGAUUAUUUGCGGUUGUUCAAAAGGCCAUUUAUUAAAUUAGUAUUUGAGUCCCAUAAAAUCUCAAGAAAGCCUCCAGUCAUUUAAAGGAAGAACUUAGAGUUGAUACAAACUUCAUGUUAAAAAUCCACAGCCAAACAGCUCUGUUCACAUGGAAAGUCUGAGCUGAGGCUGGUCUCUUGCCAAACCCUGGCUGUUGCGUGUUUUUUUUUCAUGUCUUUGGGUUGAUUUUUUUUUAUGCUGCAUAUCCUGGCAUCAGUUCACCUGAGGAAUUCAUCAGCCUCUCGUGUUUAAGGCAUUGUCUUAGAUUUGUGGCUCUAAAGUACUUGUCUGUUGAGAUUUCAAGUCUCUUGUCACCAUCCUCACACACUACAACAAAACCCAUGAAGCAUAAGUGGCCUUUUUGAACCAAGACUUUGCAAACUGAUCUCUCCCUAGUGAAGGAGUUGAGCACAUUAGCAACAAUGUACAUUAUUAAUUUUGAAUUUUCAUUUUCAUGUUCUAUUUUGUAAAUAUAAUCUGAUGUUUGGAGCUUGAGUAUACAGAAUGUAAAUAUAGUUCUCGUAUUUGUACUAAUUCUGAUUCUUUUGCUGUAUAGCCAUAGAUGUGCAAUGCAGACAUUAUCUAACUGUGUAUGGUAACCUUGCAUCACGGAACUAUUAGUGAACGAGGUAAAAAUAAUAAAGGUACAACCAGUGCAUCAGAAGGCUCUUGUUGUGCAUUAUUCUUGCAUCUUUUGAAGGGUAAUUACACAAAGAUUUCUUUUCUUCACUUGCAAAGAUAAUAUGUCUGAAAGACAAAAGUCAUGAUGCCACAACCUACAAGUUCCUUUCUGAUAUUCCAAACAGUGGUUUUUAUAUAACCAGGAAAGCUUAUAUGGUGCUAUUUCUUUGAAAGUACUUUCCUCCCAAGUAUGUGUCUAUUUCAGCUGGACAACUUUUUUAUUUUUCCUCCUAAGCCUCUCUUUGUGUAACCUACUGUCUGGCUAGGCUAAGGCCUGGAAUCCUACUCAUGACACCAGUUGUAAAGCUAUUCGGCCACACUAGUUGUUGGACUCUUUUACCUGCCGCUAAUCCUGCACCGACUGGGCUGAUUGUUGAGCUAGGGCUGGGUCUGGAGCUCCCAGACCCCUCAAGCCCAUUCACAGGCUGGGUCACCAGACCCCUCCCACCCCCACAGGUCUAUGAGCUAGGUAACCGGCCAAAAGGUCCUUGGAGCCAUAGGUUGGAAAGCAUGGCUGCGUGGGGCGGACACCUGAGGCCGACGCCUGCCUGCCCACCUGCUUCACUAAAACUCCUCUCUCCUCUCUCCCUUUCUCUUUCUCUUUCUCUCUCUU